CGCUUCCCAUACUCGUGCUUGACUUCUUGGUCUGGUGCCAGUGCGGUAAGAAAAAGAAAAGCUUGCUGGAGGGCCAUGGCGACUGUGGGGAAGGUUAGAGGAAGAAGAAGCAGGUGCCUUCUCCAAUACUUUUGUUCUAUUUUGCCACUGGCGAUCGUCACAGGCGUCGCGCUGAUCGCUCUCAUGGUGUUCUACGUCUCCACGUGGGACGCAACACAUGCUGUAAACAAAACCGAGGCAGGCGCCAUGGGCGUGGCGUUCAGGCACAUCGCCGGCGGCAUGGAGCCCCUCCUGGAGGCUAACCGUGCCGCCGUCGCCAUCGCCGGCGCCGCGCGGGAGAGCAACGGAUCAGCACCAGCUUCCAUCUCUCAAGUGAUCAGGACCAAGAUGUUCAUGGGCAUCGCCGUGCAGCCGCAGCUGGCGCAGGUGUCGUACGCCGGCGCCGACGGCGGCGCGUUCGCCUACUACCGCGACGAGGGCGGCAGGGUGAGGGCGCUGUUCACGGACUCGCACAACAGGUGGAAGUGGAGGACCCAGCCUGUGGAUCCGGCGACCGGCGGUCUGGUCGGGACGGCCGCCGCCGCCGCCGCCACAGGGGGGCUCAUCUACCUGCCCAAGGCGGCCUGGUCCCUCCUCGCCAGCAAGAACGCCUCGCGCGCGUCGCUCGGCGCCGGCGACACGCGCGGCGCGCCGGCGACUGCCGCCUACAAGCCACUCCUGCUCGGGCGCCGGCCCAACCGUUCCGGCGACGACGAGGAAGAGAGGAUGCGCGCGUUCUCCAAGGCGACGUGCGCCGCCGCCGCCAUCGACGCGCCCAGGCUCGGCCAGCUUCUCGCCGCCGGCCACGGGCUAUACCACAAGUACAGAGUCGCAUGCACGAACUUUGACGUCUCCGGAGCACAACUGGCGUUCCGGCUGGUGCUCCUGUCGCGGCCCGAGGGCGACAUGCUCCGGGCGCUGGGCAUCCCCGUGGUCGUCUUCGCGGGCGCCGCGCUGGCGGUGGCCGCGGCGUCGUGCGUCCUGGCGGUGCGCGCGCUGCGGCGGACGGCGGCGCGGGAGGCGGCGCUGAACGCCGACCUGGUCCGGCAGAAGGAGGCGCUGCGGCAGGCGGAGCGCAAGAGCAUGAACAAGAGCAACGCCUUCGCCAGCGCCAGCCACGACAUCCGCUCCGCGCUCUCCGCCAUCGCAGGCCUCGUGGAGAUGUCGCGGCCGGAGGCGCGGGCGCUCCCCGGCAUCAUGGAGAACCUCGACCAGAUGGCCGUCUGCACCAACAAGCUCUUCGAUAUACUGAACUCGAUUCUGGACACGAGCAAGGUGGAGUCGGGGAAGAUGCAGCUGCAGGAGGCCGAGUUCAGCAUGGCCGACGUCCUGCAGGAGUCCGUGGACAUGGCCAACGUGACGGGCAUCCGGCAGGGGCUCGAGGUGGUCUGGGACCCCUGCGACCUCUCGGUCCUGCGCUGCGCCGCCGUGACCGGCGACAGCAAGCGCCUCAAGCAGAUCCUCGACAACCUGCUCGGCAACGCCCUCAAGUUCACCGACGAAGGCCACGUCGUCCUCCGCGCCUGGGCGAACCGGCCGAUCGCCGGGAGCAGCGUCAGCGCUCCCUCGAGGUUUAAGUGGCCGAUGCGCGGCGGCGGCGGUUCCUUCGGAUGCUUGUUCAGAGCAAGGGAGCAACCUGAUGAGCAGGAUCAUGUGCAGAAUGACCCCAAUCUGGUUGAGUUCUACUUUGAAGUGGCUGACACUGGCAUAGGGAUCCCCAAGGAGAAGAGGCUGUCUGUGUUUGAGAACUAUGUUCAGGUGAACGAUGGGCAAGGCGGCACCGGCUUGGGGCUCGGAAUCGUGCAAUCCUUUGUUCGUCUGAUGGGAGGAGAGAUCAGCAUCAAGGACAAGGAGCCCGGUGAGAGAGGAACAUGCUUCGCGUUCAACGUGCUUCUGAAGAUGAGCCAGAGGCAGGAACCCCAAGACAUAGAGGAAGGACCAUCAGCACCGUCAGACCCACUGAGCCACUCCAAUUUCAGAGCGUCGGUGUUUCUGGAGGACCGCAGCUUCAAGGGCGUCCACUGCGUCCUCCACGUUCGCGGCGGUGAGACCAUGAGGAUCCUGCACACAUGGAUGGAGAGCAUUGGGGUGAAAGUUUGGCCUGUCCUGCACGCCGAGUUCAUCGCCUCGACGUUGGUGGAGGUGCUGCACAACGGCGCGACCCCUGCUGCAAGGGCGGCGGCGGCGGCGGCGCCUACCGCCGACGAGGGGGACGACCGGUGCUUCAGCUCCAAGGAGAUGGUCAGCCAGGUCCUGCCGGCGCUGAGGAACAGCACCGGCCCCAGGAGAGGCAGCCUUGGGGGCCAUCAUCCUUCUUCCAUCCUUGUUGUCAUCGACGUGUCCGGUGGUAGAUCGAUGGAGAUUUGCCUGGAGAUGGAGAAACUUGUCAGGAUCAAGCACCAGGCUCCAUGCAAAACUGUUUUGCUGGACGAUAUCAGGACCCCAUCUGAUGAUCUGAGGAGGUUCAAGGAGCUGGGCUGCGAUCUCGUCCUGCGAAAGCCGGUGCAUGGGUCUCGCCUCUUCACGCUUCUCAUGACCCUGAGAGAUCUCCAAGUUUCAGAUGCACAAGCACAGCAGUCUUCUCAAGUUAGUCCUGAGAUUGCUGGGACCAGUCACCAGCAGCAAGAUUUGCCAGAGGUGGUUGUUCAUCGUGCGCAGGAAGCUGCGGCAUCAGCUGAGAGUGAGACUGCAUCCUUGGCCCAGGAACAGAAACCUGAAAAUGAUAAGCCAAUGGCUGGGAUGCAGGUCUUGCUGGCUGAAGACACUUUGGUGCUGCAAACAAUCCAAAAGAAAAUGCUGAGCCAUCUGGGGGCAACUGUCAGAGUAGCUCAGGAUGGAGCCGUGGCUGUGAACUUGUUCAAAGAAGCUCUUGAGCAAGCCAGUGUCCCAGAAGAGGGUGAAGUGCCCUUGCCAUACCAUGUCAUCUUCAUGGAUUGCCAGAUGCCCAAUAUUGAUGGCUACGAGGCGACAAAACUCAUCCGCGAGGAAGAACACCGCUAUGGGAUUCACACUCCAAUCAUCGCUCUGACUGCUCAUAACAUGGAGGAGGAUCUGCAGAAGGCUAUCGAUGCCGGGAUGGAUCUGCACCUGACGAAGCCGAUAGAACGGAAGAGGAUAAUGGAAGCUGUUUGCCGUGUCUGCAAACGUGAGAAUUGAUGGAAUAAGCAUUUCUGCAUCGCGUGAAGGGCUCAGCAAAUCGGCGGUUUUGGUGGCGAUGAUCACAUUCAAGCAUCCAUCUGGUCAUUGCUCAUAGUCUUAGUGACUUAGCUAGGGUUCAUCAGCAACAUGUAUCUUUUGGCAGCUAAACAAUGGCGUAGCAACUUUGUUUUCGAAAAUUUUAAACAACUACCGCAACAACUUAGGUCCA